AUGCUCAAAAUCCGCAAAGACCUCCUCUACCGACUCCGCUGGCCUAUCCUCUCCUCCCUCUCCUCAAUCCAAAUAUCAACAGGCCCCAUCUCCCUAACCUUCGACUCCGCCAACAAUCGCACAACCAGCCUCGACACCUCCCAAACCUCUCUCGUCCCACUAUUCUCAUCCCCCCUUGCAGACAACAGUCUCUUCAACCCACCACUGUCCCGCGUCGACGAAAUCUGUAUGUCAGAAUGCGCAGAGAGACAAGACUACUAUGAGAGCCACGAUGUGUUUGAUUAUAAAGCUCCGACUCCGUUGAGUAUCCACAACGCCGACGACAGCCCCAUCACCCUAGGCCAGUUCGUUGCGGAAGUUCAUGCAUACUACCUCACCAAUGUGACUGCUAUCAAGGAAGUCAAGGCGGAGACGUACGGCGUACCGAAUGAGAGUGGCGGGCGCACGAUUACUUGUGGGAAGCCUUGGUUGCCGGAUGAUGUGGGUUUCUGGUUUCAUCGGGCGUUUUCGGUGGGGUUGGAGGGGAAGGUCAGGGUGAGUGUCGAUGUUGUGGUUGAGGGGGAUGCGUGGACGAGGAGGGGGAUGGAAGGGUUCUGGGAAAUGCAGUUGAGGUGCGACUACAACUCAGGCGUCUGGCCUAUCUUGAACAUUGAUGAGAAGAUGUAA